ACAUUCAAUCUACUAUUCUCAUCUCAGUGCACAUGGCUAUAAGACCACGCCUACUUGUUUCCAAUUCAUCGUGACUGUCUCAUGGACCAGUGAUGACCUGGUGGUAGAGUUGCUGCCCAGCAAGCUGUAGAUGGCAGGUACUUUUCUAGGAUUGUUCAAACUCCUUGGCGUUCCUGUCAUACGUACAUUCCUCUCAACAGUCGUGCAGGAUCAUGAACAUGGGGCAUUGUUUGCUUCGCUUGGUGUAUUGGAUGGUCUGUGUUCGUUUCUUGCCUCACCCAUUGUGAAUGGAAUAUACUACAGUACUAUCGACGUAUUAUCAACUACAGUCUUCUUCUUCAUGUCUGCUUUAUUAUUCAUCCCUUUUAUCAUUACAGGUGCCCUACAAUGCAGGGGAUUUGGAAGAGAAAAUAGAAAUCGCCCUCUAUCAAUCAAUGCAGACGUUAAUGAUGAAACAGGGCUUCUACUACCACCAGAGGAAGAUCAGUAGAUGAACCGUCUAUCAAUCAAUGCAGACGUUAAUGAUGAAACAGGGCUUCUACCACCACCAGAGAAUGAUCAGUAGAUGAGCCGUCUAUCAUUCAAUCAAUGCAGACGUUAAUGAUGAAACAGGGCUUCUACUACCACCAGAGGAUAAUCAGUAGAUGAGCCGUCUAUCAAUCAAUGCAGACGUUAAUGAUGAAACAGGGCUUCUACUACCACCAGAGAAUGAUCAGUAGAUGAGCCGUCUAUCAUUCAAUCAAUGCAGAUGUUAAUGAUGAAACAGGGCUUCUACUACCACCAGAGGAUGAUCAGUAGAUGAGCCGUCUACCAAUCAAUACAUACAUUAAUGAUGAAACAGAGCUUCUACUACCACCAGAGAAUGAUCAGUAGAUGAAGCAUUUAUUCCCUCUGCAAAAUACAACUGAUGCCUUUGUGGAAGGGGAAGUCGACCCUCAUAUUAAGUGGGUUUUAAUAGGAGUAGAAACAUUGGAGAAAUAUGUCAGUGAAAGGUUGAGCAAAAAUUGUCUCAAAAUGAAAAAGUUAUGAAUUGUUGAAGGUGUGAUGAACCAAACACAGAUUUGCAACUCUGUGACGUAUCUUGCAACCAAUAACCAAAAAUAAUUGUGUUUUCCCUUUUGAAAAAUCACAAUCAUACAUUCACCUUAAAUAUGACAAUUUAA